AUGCCUGGGGUACGUGUGCAGCGCCUUAUGCGGCUUAUCGACGAGUCGCGCCCGUUCCAGCACGGAUCGGAUUGUCAUGCAUCCGCACGGAAGCUGGAAAUGGCAUAUCAUGAGAUAUGCCUGUUGGCAGAAACAUCUCUAAUGGACCUCAACGCUGACAUGAUUCUUACCUUUUGCAUGCAAGCUUGCGCGCACGGCGACGAGGAGAAAGCAAGUCACGUCUUCCAGGUUGGCCGCUGA